GCUUAGGAGGAGUUAAUGCUUUUAUUGAUAUAUUUUUUUCUAGAUCCAUAUGCUAAACUAUUACUUGAUGCUAUGAAGAAUUCUGGCUGCACUGUUUUCAGAGACCGACACUUCUCAUGUGAAGAUUGUGAUGGAUGUGUUAGUGGAGGAUUUGAUUCUUCAACAUCACAGAUUGUUCUGUGCCAAAACAAUAUUCAUUAUCAAUCUCAUAUGAACAGAGUGGUGACUCAUGAACUUAUCCAUGCUUUUGAUCAUUGCCGAGCAAAUGUGGACUGGUUUAAUAAUGUCAAACACUUAGCUUGUUCAGAGAUUAGAGCUGCCAAUUUGAGUGGAGACUGCUCACUUCUCAGUGAAAUGACCCGAUUUAAGUUUGGAUUGAAGCAGCAUCAUCAGACCUGCGUUAGAGACAGAGCUGUUCGCUCCAUCCUGGCUGUUAGAAAACUCAGUAAAGAAAUGGCAGAGAAGGCUGUGGAUGAAGUCUUUGAAUCCUGUUUCAAUGACCAUGAACCUUUUGGCCGAGUGCCUCACAGCAAAUCUGAUGCAAAACAUGCAUACAGAGAUUUUCAGAACCGUGACAGAUACUACCGAAAUUUAUAGAUGAGCAUAUUUGUCCCCACCUGAGAACUGUCAUUUGAGGACAAUUUUGCAAAAGAUUAAUCGUGAAAAUAACUGGAGCCCAGGGAGAAGAAAUACUCACAUUGUUGAAUCCCUGCUCAUUUUUCAUGCAGCACAAAAAUGGAUCUAACAGUGUUUUGUUUUUUUCAAUGAGCACAUAGAGGUAUAUGUAUCUGUUACUGGAAAUUAGUUUUGCAAAUAUUUGGUUUUCAUCCUUGUUUCAAUAAACACCAUUUUGUUAA